UCACAAAUGAUGGGUAUAUAAGAUGGCUGAAAUCCGCUAAGUUAUCACAAUCCUUGUGUAGUAUCCAAUCGAGAUAGACAUCUACAAAAUGUUCCGCUACGGCCUUUUAUUGCUGAUCGCUUGCAGCGUCGCUGCAGUUGCUGCGGAAGAGUGGAAUGUCGAAGACAGACAACUGGCAUGUGCUGGAACUUUGGUCACCAACGCUGAUGGAACACGAUCAUGUGUCACGCAAAUCGGUGUCUCUAGCACUGGCUACCCCAUCUACAAAGUUACCAACCAAAACACUGGAGUCACCACUUACGUCACACAGACCGGAGUCAGCCCUACUGGCCAGCCCAUCUUCAACACCUCUAACACUUACCCGAUGACCAACUACGUCAACACUUGCACCGGCACACUGGUGACAAACAGCGACGGCACUCGAUCCUGCGUUACCCAAGUCGGCACAUCCAGCCUCGGCUACCCCAUUAACACCGUGACCAACUUGAACACUGGUGUCACCAGCUACGUCACACAAACCGGCGUGAACGCAUCCGGCCAACCGGCUUACAGCGUGACUCCCACCUAUCCCGCCAGCACCACCACUGCUGCCACUACCUGCGCUGGUACCACGGUGACCAAUAGCGAUGGCACUCGAUCCUGCGUGACUCAAGUUGGAACAUCCAACACCGGCUACCCCAUUAACCAAGUGACCAACUUGAACACCGGAGCCACCAAUUACGUGCAACAGACGGGAGUGAGCCCCACCAAUCAACCGACCUACUGCAAACCCGCUACGUACCCUGUCAACACCAACUACGCCUGUGCUGGCACCACGGUGACCAAUAGUGACGGCACCAAAUCCUGCGUGACUCAAGUUGGAACAUCCACCAGUGGCUACCCUAUUUCACAAGUUACCAACUUGAACACCGGCGUCACCAGCUACGUUGAACAGACCGGCAUCAGCUCAACUGGCCAGCCAACCUACAGCGUCACUCCUUACUUCCCAACGAAUUCUCUUGCUACCACCACGGUUGCUCCUACCACUACCACAGCUGCCCCCACAACAACUGCUGCUCCCGUAACUACGGCUGCUCCUGUAACUACUGUUGCUCCCGUAACUACUGCUGCUCCCGUGCCCAAUCCUUUCGUUUACUAAGUACCCGAUUAUCCCCAGCCUUUAAAGUAAUAACAGUUAAUAACAAACAUACGCCAUCGACUUGAUGCGAUUUACUUGCAUCAUGCAAUCGUGUAGUCCUUUAUUGACUUUAUUUAUACUUGAGGUUUCCCUGCUGUUACGCUGAUGGAAUAAUGGUAAAUGGUUUAAAUGCUUCUGUUUUUAAAUACACAGAGCUAUGCAACAA